AAAAAAAAAAAAAAAAUGUCCGGAUAUUGCAUCCUACAAAAACAAAAUUAUGUAAUUUUCAAAAUAGAAAAUAAGUAUAAAAAAAUCAAAAAGAAAAUUUUCACAUGAUAAAUGUUUGGGACCAUCAAGGAGAUGAACCACUGGGAAACAAAAGGGUCAACCCAUUGGCAGGCAUGUCACUUAUAAUAGCCCAAUGUGGAGCCCAUUUUAAGUAAAAGUAAAACUAUAUUAUCCACUCAUUCAGUGGCGCACCAAUCACUGGCCCAACAAAGUCCAAUCAGAACAGAAACUCGCUUCGCUAUCUCAUCUGUGCUGUCAAUUUUCAGUUGAGCAAUUAAAGUAAUCGAAUGUAGUCCCUACCACUGAUUCCCAUCGGAUCCACCAACUGUUAUAUAGAGAGAGAAACAGAAUCUAGAGAGAGAGAGCGAGUGAGUGCAGAGAGGCAGGCGGACAUGGAGGUUCGAAACGACGCGACGAUUGAUAACUUGUCUGCCGAUCAUCGGCCUCCGUCGGCGACGCCGUCCAAGCAAGCCAAGGCUUCUCCGAAUCACGUCGACACCAAUUCUGUUAAGCAGAGGCUUCAGAGGGAGCUCAUGUCUCUCAUGAUGAGCGGAGGAGAUCUUGGUGUAUCUGCCUUUCCUGAAGGGGAGAGCAUCUUUACUUGGAUUGGUACUAUUGAGGGGGGCAAAGGAACUAUGUAUGAGGGUUUAUCUUACAAAGUUUCUUUGCGCUUUCCCCUUGAUUAUCCUUUCAAGCCCCCUCAAGUUAAGUUUGAGACAAUGUGCUUCCAUCCAAAUGUUGACCAGUACGGAAACAUUUGUUUAGACAUUCUUCAGGAUAAGUGGUCUUCAGCUUUUGAUUGCAGAACAAUUCUUUUAUCCAUACAAAGUUUAUUAGGAGAACCCAAUAUCGAAAGUCCUCUCAACAGCUCUGCUGCUGUACUAUGGAAAAACCAGGAAGAUUACAGAAAAAUGGUACAAAAAUACUAUAUGGCUGGAGAAGAGUUUGAGAGCUGAUCUGCCAAAUUGGAGGCCCAUGUAUGCACUUCCUCCAUAAAUUAUCAAUGCAGAAUAUGUCUAUUGGGGAAAAGUGGAGAUCUCCCAUUGAUAGUCUGAGCUUCUAAUUUGUAAUUACCAAAAAAUUUCCUGGACUUCAUUUCGGUGUGCGAUUUGUUUACAAUUGAAUUUCUCCACUGGAUAGUUGCUGAAUAAAUCUACAUGUUAAUCUUCAUAUGAAUUGUUUUCUCUA